UCGGGCGCAUGCGUUCGAUUGACGGAAGUACAAAAAUGUCGUAGAGAUAUUGUUGUUAAUGUUUUCAAGUGAUUAAAAAACAAGAAUACUUAAAUGUAAAUAUCUGGAAUUGUACAUCAGAAGAAUUUUCCAAAUAAUUUAGGAUGUGUGAGUUGCAAGCCACGCUGGAGUUCUCCCUAGAAUUCAACAAGUUCUUCAACGUAGACUUGUUCCAGCGUGGGUAUUAUCAAGUACGUGCCACUUUGAAAACUUCACCUAAACUACCAGCUAAAAUUGAGGUGACUUUGCCCAAAGCUUCAGAUGAAAGCUACAUAUUGCCGUCCUGUGUGGUAAAUGGUACGGCCAUCACCAAGACAUUCCAGAUUCUGUAUCGAAAUGAAGAUGUGGCAAUUAACGACCUUAUUUUGUACCGGCUUCACACAUUGGUCGAUGCCAACAAGAUAGAAGAAACUCUAGAUAAAGCAGACAUACAAGUUGUUCUGGAUUUAUGGUUUUCUGAGGAGGAUGGGGGUCCACAAGGCCUGCAGGACAAGAUGGAGAACGUGAGCUCCCGGACCCUACAGCUCCACUUCAGCACCACCAAGGGCCUCCACCACUAUGUGCCCGUCCUGUUCGAUUACUUCCAUCUGUGUGCAGUGGAGGUCAUAGUUCAUGGUAGCCUGAUAGCCAUUCAUCAACCCUACAUCAGAUUUUGGGAUUUAAAGGCUUCCAACAGUGUCCCAAAGCCUCCAAAGUCAGCCUGGACAAACAAACAACAGAACCCAGACCAGCAGUCCACACUUGAGAUGGUGUACUUUGGAAGCAGAACCGUAUCAGGGGAUCCCAUUAACAGUUCCACCAUGAAGCUUCACAAUGCGAUGAAUGUCCAUCGUCGUCUGUGUAAGAUCUUACUGUCGGCCUACGAGAGCCUACAGUCCAUGUUUAACAACUUCCUAGCACAGAUGCCAGGGACUGAUUUUGCCCUGGACUGCAAAGACUGUCAUAAGAGACUGGAGACAGUUGUUAACAACUUACAGAAUUUUGACAAUGAAGAGGAUCUUCUCCAGACAGCGACAACUGACAUUACACAGCUCUGUGCUGAGAACGUGAUUCUGUGGACACAGUUUAUAGAGGUUGUCUCCCUGGACAAAAAUGCUCUCAUCACACUGGCACAGGAGCACCACACGGGAAGGGUGAAGAGAAUGGCCGAGGCCUUUUUUACUCACGAGUAUGCCAAACCAGAAUGCUUGUCCUGUUAUGAGCCCAGUUUUCAUGGCCAUGCUGAGUUUGCCAACAUUGUCAAGAGCUCAGGCUGUAUGCAGAGCCUACCUCCCAUGAGGGUAGAGUGUGUAGAACUGGACGGAGAUUUCACCACUCUGCCAAUCAUAUUUGAGGACAUUUAUUGUGACCAUAUACAAAUGUCUACAGAUCCCCCUCCGGCGCGCUCGGUCGUGGAACUUUUUCAGGUCCCUGCCACAUCGCACGACUCAGGCGACACCAGCUCGGUGGUCGACCUGGGGGAAGUGCGAUUGGUCGAGGAGACAACUCCUGCUACAGAGAGACAUAAGGGAAAAGAGAAAUCAGGGAAAACUGGAGAUCCUAAGCAGAAACAGAAGAAGAAACUCAUCAAGAGCAUCCGACCAGACGCCUUCAGAAGGCCGUCAUCGUACUCAAUGUCGGAGGUGGAUGCCGUCACAGAGAAAGACACUCAGAAAGACUGUGCUCUGAUUGGCUACAGGAAAAAGGAAACUGGGUCAGAUUCUCCUGGAUCUGUGGUGGAUCAUUCAGUGGAGUUGGGGACAUUGUGUGAUGAGGCCAAUAAACACGAUCAUCUGUCCUCAUCCUUCUCAAUGCCGUCACUGUUUGUCAGGAAUUCCUGGAGUAGAACUAGUAUAACAUCUCUACCAGACUUUGUAGAAUCUCCCUACAGCAGGCGAAGAAAUGUCAAGUCUGCAUUGAUCGCCAAAGAACUGCAACAGAUUCAGGAUGAAUUGAAGGCUCAUGGGAAGGAAUCUGUAUCAAAAAAUGAUCUCACUUCUUCAAGUUCUGGAGAAUUAAAGCCAGAAGGAAGGGAUUCUGGUAUAAAAAGUGAUCUGACACUAAGCUCAGGGCUGGGUACAGGUGUACCCAGUGAGGAGCAGAUCAUGGAGAAAUUAGGACUGAAUGAUGUUCAGUGCUCUGUGAAUGACAGUCUACCAGUGGAGGAACACGAAGACAAACAGUGGUAUAUAAAUAAAGGUGCGAAAAAUGACGAUCACAAUGACGACGAGAGACAUGUGGACAAUGGUUACGAUGCAGCGGUCGAUGCACAAAAGGAUGUGGUAGAGUCUGGAACCUCACAGAAGGUUGUGUUGAGGUCCGGUCAGAGAGUCGUGAAUGGCACAAACAGUCCGACCCAGAGUCUUUCUAAGGACAGCGGUAUCCUCACUCAGGGAUCUGAUCUGGAAUACCAGGACCCAGGGUAUGACGAAAAAUUAACUGUGAUAGAAUUUCUUAAGCAGGAAUAUGGAAGAAUUCCUAAUUUGUCUUCAAUGGGGGCACAUGGUAGCCCGUAUAAUAAUCCUGUGGGUAAGAUGAAGUCGGUAGAAGGUAAAUUGAAGGAGAAAUCAUUAUCUCAACAUCGGGCAGUCAGUGACACUAAUAUCAUAUCCAGCAUAGAUAAGGCAUCAUCAUCCUCAGUCUCAAAUCAGUCCCACGAUCUGGAGUCUGCCAAAAGCAGCCUCAAGACUCGAGUGUCAGCUUCAUACUCAUUCCCUGAGCUUUCCAAAUACUUGGAUAAUGAUAGACCCAAACUAGUUACUCAGAUUGGCCACAGUACUUUAAGCUUUGUAAAGCUCAGAGAACAGCUAAAAACAGAGAUGCAAUAUCAUGGACAGCUUUAUAGUGAGUGCCCCUCUCUGGCCUCCAUACAUCCCUACUUCCAUGUCAAUGAAGAGAGUGUAGAUGAUGGAGAUGGUGUUCAUUUAGUUGUCUGUGUUCAUGGAUUAGACGGAAAUAGUGCUGAUUUAAGAUUAGUUAGGACGUACAUAGAAAUGGCCUUACCAGGCCAUAGAAUAGAAUUCCUGAUGUCAGAGCGAAAUCAGGACACCUUUGCUGAUUUUGAUUUGAUGACAGAUAGACUAGCCAAUGAGAUUAAUAGUUUUAUAGAACUUUACGGGUUCACUCCUACCAGAGUCAGUUUUGUGGGGCAUUCUCUGGGGAAUUUGAUCAUUAGAUCUGUGAUAUCUCUGCCAAAGCUCUCUCACCUGAUCCCUAAACUCUAUACAUUCCUCUCCCUGUCUGGGCCUCAUCUAGGAACCCUCUACAACAACAGUGGUCUGGUCAACAUGGGAAUGUGGUUCAUGCAGAAGUGGAAGAAGUCCGGGUCACUGUUACAGCUGUCACUCAAAGAUCACCAGGACCCCCGCCAGACCUUCCUGUACAAACUCAGCCAGAAACCAGGUUUGGAGAUGUUCCGCCAUGUGCUGUUAGUGGGGUCUUCUCAGGAUCGCUAUGUUCCCUACCAUUCAUCCAGGAUCGAGAUGUGCAAGUCAGCUCAGCGAGAUAGCUCAGGCAUGGGUGCUAUAUAUAGUGAAAUGGUGGCCAACAUCUUGACUCCAGUGGUGAACAAUGCCAAUUGUAAGCUGAUUCGUUACGAUAUUUUCCACGCUCUACCAAACACUGCCAAUACAAUCAUCGGAAGAGCAGCCCAUAUAGCUGUGCUGGAUUCCGAACUGUUCAUAGAAAAAUUUCUCACGGUAGCGGCCUUAAGAUACUUUAAGUGACGAGCUGUGCUUAGUCAUUUCAUGUUACUAAAUGUUAGUGACCUUUAUUUAUUAUGGAGAGAGAAUAUAGUCCCAAAUCUUGUAUAUAUUAUGUCUGUGAUAUGACUGAUUUAUAAGUUAUAUGUGCAACAAAGAUUUUUAUGUUUUGUGGAUUUUUCAGCUGAGGUUUUGAUAUAAUUUACAUAAAAAUACGAAAUAAUUAUAGUAUUAUUGACGAUGGAAUGUUUUAUGGGGAUGAUGAUGCAGUGCUUAUUUAACAAAAUUGUGGGGUGUUUUUGUAUUUUUUUUUUGUUUCUGCAAUAUUGAGGGUGAAAUGACAAGAGCAAGCACAAAAAAAAUAUGGGAAAUGCCUAUAGCUUCAUCAUACAUAUGAUAUUCCAUUUUUGAACUAAGAAUUUAGAGCAAUGUAAUUUUUUUUUUAAUUGUAAAAUUCAGACAACUAAAUUUUUCCUGGAAAAAAAUUUUCUCCAGCAAAUAUUAUGCAUUUAAAAAAAAUGCAUUGUGCUUUCCUUUGAAUUUGACCCAAGCAGUGAAAAUUUGGAAUAUCAUUUUCUUUUAGACCACACAGCUCAUUAGUUCAUGUAGUGGAAUUCAAAUUCUAUUUUGAUACAGUCCUUUGAUAAAUUGGAUAUCAAAUAUUUCUUGAAAAGAUUUGUUUUGUCAUAACAGUAUUUCAGUCAAGUAUUGUGAGUUCUUGCUCCAUGUUUUUUUUUUUUUUUUAAAUGUAUAUUUUUUAUGCAUAUUUUGAAAAUAUGCUCUCCAAUCAAUGGAGCAAAGACCCACUCAUUAAAAAAAAAAUUAUGAAGAAUUAUGUUACUUACUUUGAUAUGUGCAUGCUAUUUCAUUUUGCAAUUUUUUCGAGUAGCAAAUCAUAGAGAGGGUACAGUAAAACUCGGUUAUGACGAACACCUGUGAAAUUACUUCGCUAUAUCCGUAAUUCGUUAUAUACGUUAUAGGGAAUAUCUAGAAUUUCAUUGUGGGGGAUCUAAGAAAAUUUCGCUAUAUCCGUAAAUUCACAAUAACCGUGUUCGUACUAAACGAGUUUUACUGUGUAUACAAUAAUUUUAAUUGAAACUUGAAAGAAAAUUUUGUUAUUGGGACUUUUUUCACCUUUUUUAUUAGUCAAACCCUGGGCAUUUUUCUCAGUUAGUUCUCCCACAUUCUUAUUAACUAAUAGAUUUUAAACAUUGAGGCAAAAAUAAUUUUCAAAAUAAUAGAAAAAAAACGUUUUUUAACUGCAAAAUGUCAUCGAGUAUGCAUGAGAUUGUUAGUUAAGUUUAUAAAAUCGUUUAAUGUAAAAUAGUAUACAUGUAUUCGUGAUACACAUUGUACAAGUGCUUUAGUUUUUUGGUUAAAUAGUAUUUGGAGUUGAGAAAAAAUGUUGUACAGUGUAUUUUGUGCAUGAUAUGAAAAGUCCUAUUUUUAUUCAUCCAAUGGAUGAAUCAGCUGAACAUAAACUGUUGUUUAACUUAAAAUAUAUAUUUAUUAAUUAUUGUUACUUGCAUAAUUUUGUAUAAAUGAUUGUUACUAAUUUCAGAUGUAUUUUCGUCCUGAUUUAGAUUCACCUGUUAUAGAAGAGGCACUAUUUUUUGCAAUAGUAUUGAUAUAAACAGAAUAUUGGAGUUUCUUUUUCACUCAGAUAUACGUUUGUGCAAUGUGCCUUGUGUGGGGGGUGAUUUUGGUUUUACCCAUACUGCAGUUAAUUACAUGUCACAAAAAUUCAAUUUAAUAGUAUUCACUCUAAAUUAUAUUUUUAUUAGCAUUUCCAUCUGUGUUAUUACAAAGUGUAUCUUGCUUUUCAGACUAUCAUGGCAUCAUUUAUAAGUAUGGUACAUUUUUUUUGUAAAGUACAAUAAAA